AUGCUGGAGCUCAUGGAACGCCUGGCGGCGGAGCGACUCGGCGAGUCGAGCGCGGCGGCGGCGGCGACGGCGCUCGAAACGUUCGAUCUUCGCGGGAUCGCGAAGCACAUCGAGCGCGGCGGGGUGAAAAACGUGGUGGUGAUGACGGGAGCGGGGAUAUCGGUGAGCGCGGGGAUACCGGAUUUUCGAAGCGAGCGCGGGUUGUACGCGCGAUUGGGCGAGUACGAUUUGCCGUAUCCGCAGGCGAUUUUCGAGCUUGGGUACUUUAGGGAGAAGCCCGAGGCGUUUUAUAAGCUCGCGAAGGAUCUGUAUCCGGGGCUCUACGCCCCGACGCCGACGCAUUAUUUCAUUAAGCUGUUGCACGACCGCGGGCUGUUGCGGCGAUGCUUUACGCAAAACAUCGAUUCGUUGGAGUGCGCCACGGGGCUGCCGAAGGAUAAAGUCGUCGCCGCACACGGUAAUUUCGACAGCGCGAAGUGUUUGAAUGGACACGACGCCAACAUCUACGAAGUGGAGAGAGCGUGUCGUGCGGGAACGCCGAUGACGUGCGCCAAAUGUGGCGAGUUUGUCAAGCCGGAUAUCGUGUUUUUUGGCGAAAAUCUUCCGCGUCGAUUCUUCGAGUGCGCGCAAAAAGACUUCGAGGUGUGCGACUUGCUCAUCGUCAUCGGAACGAGUUUAGUCGUCCAUCCGUUCGCCGGUUUGAUCGAAAGGCCGAAGGAGCACGUACCGAGGCUCUUGAUUAAUCUCGAACGUUGCGGCGAGGCGCAGAACACGCGCGUCACGAAAUUAUAUCGGAUGGCUGGGCUCGGUCGGGGCACGGGAUUUGACUUUGAUGAGGCGACAAAUUAUCGUGACGCGUUGUUCUUGGGUCAGUGCGACGACGGCGUCGCCGAGCUGUGCUCAAUGCUGGGAUGGAAGGACGACUUAGAUGCGCUCAUCGCGAACUGCACGAUUAAAAAACGACUCCAAGCGAGCAAAAUUAGCAACUAG